AUGGCAUUGGACGAAAGGCUAGUCGCCAAAGACAAAGAGGAUGUCAGCUCUUCUCAGAAGAAUCGGGCAAUACAAGGGCGUCACGAUGGCAAUGGGGCCUCAGGUGACCGAUUUACACAUUAUGCUGGCUAUACUAGGUUAUCAAGAAUUGAGUUUCCUAGAUUUAAUGGGGAUAAUGUGAAAGAAUGGCUAUACCAAUGCGAAACUUACUUCUUGAUGGAUGAAACCCCUCCAGAAGUUAAAACCAAUUGGGAAGAAUAUGUUCAAAUCUUGACUGAAAGAUUUGGGGAUGCUUGUGAUGAUCCUAUGGCUGAGCUAAUGAAUUUGAGACAGAAGGGUACCAUUAGUGAGUACCAUGAGCAAUUUGAUGCCAUCAUGACACGAUUGGAUUUACCAGCAAACUACUCCUUAAGUUGUUUCUUGGGAGGGUUGAAAAUUGAGGUGCAAAUGAUGGUUCGUAUGUUUCAACCCAGCCAAUGA